AUGAUGCUCCAAAAUAAAUCAAUUUCGGUAGAUCUUCAAUCAUGGUUUAUUCCUAUUGAUCUUUUAAAUAUGAUAUGUUGUGCCAUUGCUGUUAUACUUGCUUUAGUCUUUUUAUUUGCUCUUAUUUUUGAUAGACUAUAUCAUACAAUGGCAAUGAUACUUGUUAUAAAUUCUUGCUUAGCUGAACUUCUAUUUGGAAUUUAUUUGUUUGCUGUAUCUAUAUUUACAUUUCACAAUGAUCUUAAACAAAUUUACUUCUAUGAUUCAUUUUGUCUUUUACUGGGUUAUAUAGGUUAUAUGUCAGUUGGAUUACAAAAUUAUUCUUAUUUAUUACAAGCAAUCUAUCGAUAUAUCUUAAUUGUUCAUCCAUUUCGAUUAUUCUAUCAAUCAAUUAAAUUUCAAGUUUUUCUUAUUACAUUAACAUGGAUAUGUUGUUCUAUCUAUUCUAUUCUAUUAGCGCUUACUAGUCAAGUCAAAUAUCUCGUUAAUGAUCAAAUAUGUGAAAUGCCUCUUCAACUUUCGUUUGUAACGAUAUUCAAUGUAUCUUAUCUUUAUUUAAUUCCUAUGUUAAGUAUAAUUUUAAUCUAUUUCAAAAUGGUUCGAUAUAUAAGAGAAAUGAGUAAACAUGUAACUCCAGUUAAUAGAUUAUUUCAUGCUCAACGAGAUUUAAGAAUGAUUCGACGUAUAGUUUCACUUAUAUUCAUUUUAAUAGCACUUGGUUUUCCUUACACAAUCUUCAUUAUUAUGUCAUUUUUUAAUAGUACACCAAAAUAUCACUUUCGUAUUGCUUUUACUUUUGUCAAUGUAUCAUUAGUAUUUGUAUUAAUUGCUCUUUUGGAAAUUACAGAACCACUAAAAACUUCUUUAAUGAAAAGAAUAAAACGUCAACCAAUAAACAUUGUACCAACAGUGACAUAA